GGCUGAGGGGGAAGAUGGCGACGCUGGAGGACGGUUGGCUGCAGCGGCGCUGAGAGUGGAGGCAACAUCUGCUGCCUGUUGGUGAGCUAUGGAUGAGAUGGAGGGAACGUAUCGUGUGCUGCAGACUCCAGGGGCUAGACUCGGAACACAGACAAAUGCAGCGAUCAGUACGUUGGAGCCAGGGCAAAGCCUCUCUCUGGCAUCAUCUCAGAAAGCCCGGGGCAAAGGAAUCCAACUUACAGUCCUGUUGCUGGAUGAUGUACAGGAGCAAGUUGAAGUUGAGCAAAAAGCUUAUGGCCAGGGUCUGAUGGAUGAAAUCUGCCACCGUCUCAACCUUGUCGAGAGUGAUUAUUUUGGGCUGGAAUUUCGCAACAGUCGGGGAAAUGAGAUUUGGCUUGAACCUGCAAAACUUAUUGUGAAACAAGUGCGAAGACCAAAGAACACAGUGUUCAGGCUCUCAGUCAAAUUUUUCCCUCCUGAUCCUGGCCAACUGCAGGAGGAGUACACAAGGUACCUGUUUGCACUGCAGAUUAAGAGGGACCUGACAGAAAACAAAAUCAUGUGUAGUGAGAAUACGUCUGCUCUGCUCGUCUCUCACCUUUUGCAGUCUGAAAUUGGAGAUUAUGAUGAAACUCAGGAUCUGGAGUACCUCAAGAGUAACACGCUGUUGCCAAACCAGAAAAUAUUGCAGGAAAAGAUUAUGGAAUUCCACCGGCAAAACCUAGGCCAGACUCCAGCUGAAUCAGAUUUCCAAGUAUUAGAGAUAGCACGGAAACUUGAGAUGUAUGGAAUUCGGUUUCAUCCAGCCUCUGACAGGGAAGGGACUAAAAUCAAUCUGGCGGUCGCCCACAUGGGAGUUUUGGUGUUUCAGGGCAAUACAAAAAUUAACACCUUCAACUGGGCAAAGAUCCGGAAACUUAGUUUCAAGAGAAAAAGGUUCCUCAUCAAGCUUCAUCCAGAAGUCCAUGAUUCAUACCAGGAUACUUUGGAGUUCCUGCUGGCUGAUCGUGACCUGUGUAAGAUCUUCUGGAAGAACUGUGUUGAGUACCACAGCUUUUUCAGACUCAUGGACCAACCCAAACCAAAGACCAAGCCAGUUCUAUUCAGCAGGGGCUCCUCCUUCAGAUACAGUGGAAGGACACAGAAGCAACUUGUUGACUACAUGCGAGAGAGUAUGAUUAAGACUACUCCUUAUCAAAGGCGGCACAGCAGAGCACGAAUCUCAGCUCGGACUUCGAGCGCAGACGUGCCUAAACAGAGUCUAUCAUUCACUGAAGGUGUAGAGGUUCCAGGCUCACCGUCUUCAGCUGCUAUCUCCUUUCAAUCCAUCCAAUCUGUACAGAAGACUCUUGUUGACAGUCAGCCUAUUCAUCCUGAAAAUAGCAACGUUCUCCUUGUCAGCAAGCACUCUGCUCGGAAGGCUCCCUCAGAUGUGAAGAGGAGUCCAACGCUGGAAGAUUCGUGGAAGACUUCUGAUCGGCCCUCUCCAAUCUCCUUGCAAGGUUCUGUUGCUGAAGCUGCAGGCAGCUGCAGUCGCUCCUCUUCGGGUUGUGAUGAGCGCAGUGCUUUAACUAGACAGGAUGGUGUUAGUGACAGGAGAUUCCCUCAGAGAAAUGACAAUGAUGAGGAUGACUAUACCACAGGUAGUUUAAUCGACAGCCUGCAGCUGUCUCCUCUCACCACGAGGAGUCCUUUGAAUGUGCUACUUCCUGGAUCCCAGGUGUCCAACCUGGAUUUGCCCAGUCAGUCUCAGUCACCAUUGCAGAGUCCGAUUCUUAGCGAUGCAGGCAGUACGAGGGUGGAUGAUGAAGACGAUGACCGGAGGAAGCGUUGCCCAGCUGACAAGGCUUACUUCAUUGCAAAAGAAAUCCUGACCACAGAGAGGACGUACCUGAAGGAUUUGGAAGUCAUCACUGUGUGGUUCAGAAGUGCUGUUAUUAAAGAGAGUGCAAUGCCAGAAGGACUAAUGACCCUGUUGUUUUCCAACAUUGACCCUAUUUAUGAGUUUCAUCGUGGAUUUUUGAAAGAGGUUGAACAGAGGCUGGCUCUUUGGGAAGGAAGGUCAAAUGCACACGUGAAAGGAGACUACCAGAGAAUCGGCGAUGUUAUGCUUCGGAACAUGUGCGCUCUCAAGGAGUUCACCAGUUAUCUACAGAAAUAUGAUGAAGUUUUAAUGGAAUUGGAGAGAGCCACCAAGCAAUCCAAGAAAUUGGAGGGUGUUUACAAAGAGUUUGAGCUGCAGAAGGUCUGUUACUUACCUCUGAACACAUUCCUGCUGAAGCCAAUCCAGAGGCUGAUGCAUUACAAACUCAUCUUAGAGCGACUCUGCAAACAGUAUCGCCCUGACCAUCGAGAUUACAGCGACUGCAGGAAUGCUCUGAAGGAGGUCAGGGACAUGAGUGCCCAGUUACACAGCAGUUUAAUCAGGUUGGAGCAUUUCCAGAAACUCACGGAGCUGCAGCGAGAUCUUAUUGGCAUUGAGAAUUUGAUUCUGCCAGGAAGAGACUUCAUUCGGGAAGGUUGUCUCUAUAAACUUACCAAAAAAGGCCUGCAGCAGAGGAUGUUUUUCCUGUUCUCUGACAUGCUGUUGUACACGAGCAAAGGAGUGACAGCCAGCAACCAGUUUAAAGUACAUGGGCAGCUUCCUCUAUGUGGAAUGAUAGUCGAGGAGACUGAGAAUGAGUGGUCUGUUCCACAUUGUUUCACCAUUUACUCUGCUCCGAAGACAGUUGUUGUCGCAGCCAGCUCGCGCGUGGAGAUGGGGAAAUGGAUUGAGGACUUGACCAUGGCCAUUGAGGUGGUGAAGAAAUCAAAUGAGAAGAGAGAGACAACGCUGGAAAGCAACAUCUCUGAUUGUUCAAACCGAUCUUCAGACGAAGUGUCACUGGAGCAGGAAUCUGAAGACGAUACUCACUCCUCCCACAGUUCGUUGGAAAAGCAGAUCCACCACCGUGCCAACACCACAAUGCACGUGUGCUGGCAUCGCAACACGAGUGUCUCCAUGUUGGACCACAGUGUUGCAGUGGAGAACCAGCUCUCGGGUUACUUGCUGAGGAAGUUCAAGAACAGCAGUGGGUGGCAAAAACUUUGGGUUGUCUUCACCAACUUCUGCCUCUUCUUCUACAAGACACACCAGGAUGACUACCCCCUUGCCAGUCUUCCUCUGUUAGGCUAUGUUGCAAGCAUACCCACAGACAAUGACCGCAUCCACAAAGAUUAUGUCUUCAAACUACAGUUCAAAUCACACGUCUACUUCUUCAGAGCGGAGAGUGAAUACACAUUUGAAAGGUGGAUGGAAGUUAUAAAGAGUGCAACCAGUUCUCCAGGACGGAUGGUCCAUCUCAGCCAGAAGGAUGGUUGAUUGGGCUGAAAUAUUUGAAGUGCCAUCACCUGUAACCUGGAAAUCUCUGUGCUGACAUUCAUAUCUGGACAACCUUGGAUUGGAGGUCAUUUACAAUGCAACACCAUCUGGGAAGGAAGUGGACCGACUCAUCUCAGCCACUCAGCAUUAGGAACAGACCUGGUCACCUUUCAAAGGAAUACACUACUCGCAUGGUGGUGGAAGAAUGGGUUCCCGGGGGGGAGCUAGGUUGGGUCCGGGUUGAUCAUUUAAUGUCUGCUUUUCAAAUUCCAUUCCUGCUAUUUAACGGUUUAUUGUUGUUUUGUCGAGGGAAUUCUCAUCCAGCAUUUGCAAUCUACCAAAGGAGUUUCUUCCUAUUUAAUAAAUAACUUUAGAACCAA